AUGAUCGCAAAUGCCCCGCAGCCGGUGCUCCGGCUCUCAAGUACCCUUCGCCCGCACGGAGCAGCAGUAAGUGUGGACGUCUGUGUAAGUGUGAGAGCAUCAUGGUGGCGUUUAAAGGAGUCUGGACUCAGCCCUUCUGGAAGGCCGUUUCGGCGGAAUUUUUGGCCAUGCUCAUUUUUGUCCUCCUCAGCCUCGGCUCCACCAUCAACUGGGGUGGAGCAGAGAAGCCCCUGCCUGUAGACAUGGUCCUUAUCUCCCUCUGCUUUGGACUCAGCAUUGCAACCAUGGUGCAGUGCUUUGGACACAUCAGCGGAGGCCACAUUAACCCUGCUGUGACCGUGGCAAUGGUCUGCACGAGGAAGAUCAGCCUCGCCAAGUCCAUCUUCUACAUUCUUGCCCAGUGCUUGGGAGCCAUCGUGGGCGCAGGCAUCCUUUACCUCGUCACGCCACCAAGCGUGGUAGGAGGCCUGGGAGUCACUGCGGUACACAGGGAUCUUUCCGCUGGCCAUGGACUCCUGGUGGAAUUGAUAAUUACAUUCCAGCUGGUUUUUACUAUUUUUGCCAGCUGUGAUUCAAAACGAAGUGAUGUCACUGGUUCAGUAGCUUUAGCAAUUGGAUUUUCUGUUGCAAUUGGACAUUUAUUUGCUAUCAAUUACACUGGUGCCAGUAUGAACCCAGCUCGAUCAUUUGGACCUGCUGUCAUCAUGGGGAGAUGGGAAAACCAAUGGGUAUAUUGGGUGGGACCAAUAAUAGGAGCAGUCCUUGCUGGUGCUCUUUAUGAGUACGUCUAUUGCCCAGACGUUGAACUCAAGCGCCGUUUUAAAGAUGUCUUCAGUAAGGCUACCCAGCCGUCCAAAGGGAAGUACACCGAGGUGGACGAUAACAGGAGCCACAUAGAGACCGAUGACCUGAUCCUGAAGCCUGGCAUAGUUCAUGUGAUUGAUAUCGACAGGGGUGAGGACAAGAAGGGAAGAGAUCCAUCCAGUGAGGUGUUGUCUUCUGUAUGACUAGCAAGAAGCACUGAAAGCAGAGAGCAGCCUGCUAGCACGUCCACAGAUAUCCUUCCGCCUAUUAAAGAAACAGAUCUCCUCUAGACUGAGCGUCUACCAUUUCUUAAAAGGUAUGGUGUGGGCAGCUGCACGGUAGUGGUGUCACCAAACCAUAUGCCUGCUCAGUUGGAAGAUUAGGACUUUGCUAUAAUUAGGAUUCCCCAUCUAUUAUUCCAAAUUUAGAGUUGUUCCUAGUAUUUUCCUUUCCUUCUUUCUGGAGCAACCCCAAAAUCAAAAAAAGAGAUGAAAGCAUUCUCCUUUAAUAAAUCAGUCAAUAAUGAGAUAAAGAUAGAGAUGUUUAACAUUCAGAUUGACAGUUAAGACAUAUCAGGAAAUGCCUAUAGACAUAAAGACCUACUUAUCAGAUUGUUCUUCUGACACUUAAUUGGCUGUUGUCAGCUCCGAUUAGAACAUCUUAUCCAUUAAGCAUUCUCCGUGAGGUUCAGGGACAGCACCAACAGUAUUUAAGAGUUUUAUCCACAGUCAAGCAAAGGAGUAUUGUUUCCAUUCAUGUACAUCACUGUUGCCUUGCACACUACCUGUGAAAGAAUGAUACUUUAAUAGGUUUAAAAAAAAAAAAAUAUCCUAUCAACCCAUCAAAUUUCACUCAUGUGAUUUGCAGUAUAAAUAUAUUACCUUCAUCCCUUCCUGGUAGUAAAUACGCUGAAAUUGAAUGUUAAAAUCUACUGUAAUAAGGCUGCAAAGCAUUUGACUGUCCUUCAUGCUCCCUCUUGUCAUUGUCUAUCUGGUGAAAUAUUCUCCUGGGGUUUGACUAUUGACCAUUUAGUGUAAGCAGACUCUCAAGGUCAUCAAAGAAUAUAAAGGCUUUCCUGUUACUUAAUAACUCAAAUAAAAGAUAUCAGAAGAAAAGAAGGCAUAUCUGUUUUCAGUGCACUUGUUCAAAUACACAUUUCUGUGCUAAUUUAUGUAAACUAAGAGUUUAAAUUACUUACCUACUUUCUUACA